UCCAAUAUGGCGCCUAUCAUUGUGCGGCUCAUAGGAAUCUCGCACUUCGUACUUCGUUUGCGAUAACAGACACAAUGACACGUGUAUGUGCAGUUUUCUAGACAAAAACCACACCCCAAGGUUUUCCUCUGGAAUGGCAUCUACUUCGAUGGAGCGAUCUUAUAACGUAUUGGUCUGCUGCACCGGGAGCGUUGCAUCCAUCAAGAUUCCUCAACUUGUCCAAGAACUACGCGACGUAAAGACAGCCACGCUAAACGUCAGAGUCGUCGCCACUGAAAAGUCCCUGCACUUCUUCGAUCGCAGUGAGCUCGGCGACACCGAGUUGUUCCUAGACGAGCAGGAAUGGACAUCGUGGAAGCAAAUCCCGGACCCGGUCCUUCACAUCGAACUCCGCCGAUGGGCCGAUCUGAUGGUGAUCGCACCUCUGGACGCGAACACGUUGGCCAAAAUGGCAGCGGGUAUCUGCGAUAACCUUUUAACCUGUAUAAUACGGGCUUGGGACAUGAAAAGACCUUUACUCUUUUGCCCAGCUAUGAACACAUUUAUGUGGGAACACCCGUUAACCGGUAGGCACAUUCAAUCCCUGAAGGAACUCGGGUAUCGUGAAGUGCCGUGUGUGAAGAAGAAGCUCGCUUGUGGUGAUACUGGAUUCGGUGGCAUGGCUGCGGUGGGAACCAUAGUAUCAGCUGUUACGAACGCUCUAUUGCCCCCUUGAAUUUUCGGUCAUAUAACUCAAGUAAUGCGCCGUCGAACCAGUAUUUUAUAUAGGGUCGUACAACCGCUACAUAUAUAUAUAUCGUCGUUUCUUUACACAUUUACAAACUUCUGUAUGGGCGGGCAAUUUUUCAACUUAUAGGCAAAUAUGAAUAUUUUUGCGAUAGAAGUCUGUCUUCGCAAUAUCCCUUGCUGGUAACGAUAGCAGAUGCGCAACUUGUCAUUCAUAGUAGACGAGAAAGAGGUCGUGGAAGCACUGUGAGUCUUUUGGCAGCCUCGACACUUCGUCGUUGAUGUGCUUCACGAAGCGAAGAAUACCCUGGUCCCGGUACACCAGUGCCAGCGAAUUGGACGCCGGCCCCACCGUCAGCAACUGCAAAAAAAAAAAAAAAAACUGCACAUUCCUUACACAAUUCUUCCGCGAUAAUUCCACUACGAGAGUAUUACCUCUUCAUCCUCGUCCCUAGUAAUGUACGUCGUGAAUCCGCCGUACUCUUGCUUCCAGUCUGGAGAAAAAGAAAGGUUAAAAAAAAAAAGGAUGCUCCCAGUUUUGAUCGAGACGCAACGUUUCACCUCCGCAGUUGAAGUAAAGGACGGCGUCGAGCGCGCUCUCUUCCAUGUCUUUGUCGUCGUCGUGCGCCAAGGUGUAAUUUCCGUGGCUCCACCUGCGGAGGCUGUAGCGGCAUCGAGGCCCGUCACCGCCGCUCCCGGCAUCGUUGCUGUCUUCCGCGUCGCUGUCCGAGUUGCCGAACGUCGCCAGCUCGUGGAGUUUCAGGCCGGUCAGACUGGAGAGGAUGAGAAACAUGGCCUCGGAACGGAAGACGCGGAGGCAUUCGUCCACGAUGGGUGGGAGCUCGCCGUCUGAUUCGAAUAUGUUCCUGUUUGGAAGAAUACGUAAAUAAAUGAGGGAAUAAAAUCUGAUAAAUAUUUUUGAAAAUCAAGGAAAAUGAAAACAUUUUACAGUCGAUCCUCAAUUUAUGAAUGGCUACCGCGGGGAGGUGUUUCCGUUCACAAAGAGUGGGAAUUCGUAAAUCGAAGGUUCGAUAAGGUACGAAGAGUGCGACGUCUGCUAACCUACGAUUCGGCGGACCUCUCUUUCUCCACUUCAUAUCCGAAGCUCUAAGUGCUGCUUCCACGGCCUUACACCUUUCCUCCUGAAUAGAAAGGCAUUUAGAUUUUUUUAAGAAUAUCUGUUUCAUUAGCACCAAGCUCUCAAAAACUAACCUGCAGAAAGUCCUCUAGAUGAAUCUCGGACUCGUUCUUGAACCUCGUUCGGAUCUGCUCGCCAAUUUCGUCGAUUAGAUAAGUCGGAUUAAUCCACGACCGAAAAACCUCUUCCUGUUUGACGGAAGUAAUACAAUUAAACACACUCUGUCGAACGUGUGCUUUUCGCGAGUAAUACCCGUACCUCGAUAGCACAGUGUCCGUACAUCAACGGAAGAGGCUCGACGUAAGGUUCGGGACGUUCCACUGGCGGACCGUGGAACCAUCCGCCGACGGAGAGACGGACUUUAUCUUCGCUCAGUACCUCCGCUACUUGGUGGAACGAGACGGGAGUCACUUCGAAGAAGACGAUGGUGUUGGAUCGAGGGACGAGCGACGUGACGACGUCCCGAGGUUGUCCGUCGGAAUCGGUGUCGAAGAGAUCUAAAGUCCCGCCGUCUGCUUUCUCCCAGUUGGGAACAAGGUACAAGAUGAACGCGAUACGUCGUCCUUCGAGUUCGUCGUCGUGGCACAGUAAUGUAUCUGGACGUUUGUGGAGAAAUUAAGUUACACGACGAAAUUUCAGUUGCAAUUGACGGUGAAUGAAAUUAAACGAAACACGUCGAAGCUUGCCAA